AUGGCCGUGAGGGGCGGCGUGACCUUGCCAUCGGCCUUGCCUUCUUCACCAACCCCCGACGCCGACACCGUGUUGGGGCCUCCCGUGGCUCUCCACCCGCGGCAUCCCCAUGGGCUCACUCGACCGCGCGGCCGCGUCCCCGAGCCCGCGCACCUCCGCCCGUCGUCUCCUCCGCGCAACCGCCGUCCCGGCCCCGCCGCUCCACCGGCGUGCGCCCGCAACCCUGCCCUGUUGCGGUGCCGCCCCGCAUCGCCGCCUCCAAGUUCCGCCUCGCCCGGGACGGCUCUACACCCCGCCUCCGCGCGCUGGCCUUGGCCGGCCUGCCCCGCGCCCGCGCCGCUUGGCCCCGGUGCGCCUGCCGACUUGCCGCCUCCGCGCGCUGGCCUUGGCCGGCCUGCCCAGCGCCCGCGCCGCUUGGCCCCGGUGCGCCCGCCGACUUGCCGUCUCCGCGCAGGGCCUCCCGAGCCGCCUGCUCCCCGGCCCCGCCCCGGGCCUGCUGCGCGUCCAUGCGCCCAUCGCGCUGUGCCCCGCGCCCGACUCCCCGUCGUCGCGCACCUGCACCACCGCGCCCCUGGCCGCUUGCAGCGCUUGUGCCGGGUCCGGCGCGCCGCGUCGUCCAGCCGGCUUCCCGCACCACCGCUAGCCGGCUCGUCGCCCGCGCUGUCCGACUCCUGCCCACGCAGUCGGCCGCUGCGCCGCCGGCUCCGCUGCCGCGCCACACCUGGCCUGCCGGCUUCCCUGCCACCCGGCAGGGCUGGCCCCGCCGCCUCGCUGCGCCUGCUACGGCUCCGCUUCGCCAGUCGACUCCGGAUCCGGCUACGCCGGCCGCCGCAGCCCUGGGCCGGCCUCCGCUCCACGCCGCCUCAGGUCGCGGCCGGGUACCCCGUACCCGCAGCCGGCUCCUGCGACAGUCGCCGGUGCCACCCACGCCCGGCCUCCCCAGGCCGGCUCCGGGUCGCCGCCUCGCCCACAGCCGGCCCGCGCCUCUGCGUCGCUCGCCGCCUCGUGGCUGCCGGCUUCCCAACACUAUGCCGACUCCGCCUCCGCUCCGUGCGCCCGGCCCGGGCCGGCUCCUGCGCCUCCCGCCGGAUCCCGCCCCCGACGUCGCCCGCGUCUGGCCGCCUCCUCGCUCGGCCGGCCGGGUCGCCGCUCCCAGCCGACGUCCGCCUCCGCACCCGGCCGCCCCCGCGGGCCGGCUCCGCCUGCUCGCCGACCCGCGCCUCCGGCUCCUCCCCGCAGGCGCGCUCGCGGCCGGCUCUUCAGUCCACCUCCGCGCAUGCGUCGGCCGGCUACGUCCGUGCGGUCUCGGGUCGGCUGGGAAAAGUGGGUUGA